AUGUAUAGCUUCAAUACUCUUCGACUCUACCUUUGGGAGACCAUUGUAUUCUUCAGCCUCGCUGCUUCUAAGGAGGCUGAAGCUGCCCGCUCUGCACCCAAGCCUAUGUCACCCUCAGAUUUCCUGGAUAAGCUAAUGGGAAGAACGUCUGGAUAUGAUGCCAGAAUCAGGCCCAAUUUUAAAGGUCCCCCAGUGAACGUGAGUUGCAACAUUUUCAUCAACAGCUUUGGCUCCAUUGCUGAGACAACCAUGGACUACCGAGUCAACAUCUUCCUGCGGCAACAGUGGAACGACCCCCGACUGGCCUACAAUGAGUACCCGGAUGAUUCUCUGGACCUGGACCCAUCCAUGCUGGAUUCCAUCUGGAAGCCUGACCUGUUCUUUGCCAAUGAGAAGGGGGCCCACUUCCAUGAGAUCACCACAGACAACAAACUGCUGCGGAUCUCCCGCAACGGGAAUGUCCUCUACAGCAUCCGAAUCACCCUGACGUUGGCCUGCCCCAUGGACCUGAAGAAUUUUCCCAUGGAUGUCCAGACAUGUAUCAUGCAACUGGAAAGCUUUGGAUACACCAUGAAUGACCUCAUCUUUGAGUGGCAGGAGCAGGGAGCUGUACAGGUGGCAGAUGGACUAACUCUACCCCAGUUUAUCCUGAAGGAAGAGAAAGACUUGAGAUACUGCACCAAGCAUUACAACACAGGUAAAUUCACCUGCAUUGAGGCCCGGUUCCACCUGGAGCGGCAGAUGGGUUACUAUUUGAUCCAGAUGUACAUCCCCAGCCUGCUCAUUGUCAUCCUCUCAUGGAUCUCUUUCUGGAUCAACAUGGAUGCUGCACCUGCCCGGGUGGGCUUAGGCAUCACCACUGUGCUCACCAUGACCACGCAGAGCUCUGGCUCCCGAGCAUCCCUGCCCAAGGUGUCCUAUGUGAAAGCCAUCGACAUUUGGAUGGCAGUGUGCCUGCUCUUCGUGUUCUCGGCUCUGCUGGAAUACGCCGCUGUUAACUUCGUGUCUCGGCAACACAAAGAGCUGCUCCGAUUCCGCAGGAAGCGGCGGCAUCACAAGGAGGAUGAGGCUGGAGAGGGCCGCUUCAACUUUGCCUACGGGAUGGGCCCUGCCUGUCUGCAAGCCAAGGAUGGCAUCUCGGUCAAGGGUGCCAACAACAACAACACCACCAACCCGCCUCCUGCGCCAUCCAAGUCCCCCGAGGAGAUGCGCAAACUCUUCAUCCAGAGGGCCAAGAAGAUCGACAAAAUAUCCCGCAUCGGCUUCCCCAUGGCCUUCCUCAUCUUCAACAUGUUCUACUGGAUCAUCUACAAGAUCGUCCGCAGAGAGGACGUCCACAACCAGUGAAGGGUCUGCGAGGAGCUGGGGAGGGUUGGGACCGGGAGGGGGGAAGGGGAAACAGCACAGGAACCUGAGCCUAAAGCAGAGGAGAGGCGCAGCAGGAAGGGGCACACGUGCACAGCUCUUUCUCUCUCAGCUACAUGUGCAAUAGCCAAAAUGCAGCAAUGCAUGAAU